UAGUGAAUCCUGCAGAUGACCCUAACAGAGAAUGGAGGAAAUCAUGACUCCUCAGCUGCACCUGCACAGGUAUGCUCUCUGAUCGUGCCGUGUGCUCGCGCAGAGAUCAGCACGGAGGAGGAAGAGGAGGAGGUGUGGAGGAUGGACGUGUCUGACCUCCGACAGCAGUACAGGAGCUGCAGGGAGAGGCACCAGGAGGUGCUGCUGUUCGGGACAGUCUCAGAGGAGCGGUUUGAGGCCUUCAGCAUUGUCCCUGUGGCUCAGGGUUUAACUCUGCCAUGGGAACCAAUCAGCUCCUUUUCUUCAACCAUCACCUUUGACUGCAACCCAAAGAUGUACGACCCCUGGCAUGUCCACCUGGACCUCCAUCGGAGAUCCCGACCUGCUGUGUCUGCCCAGUCACCUGUGUUGUCCAGAUCUACACCUUCCUCUAAAUCCAGAACCAGAGAGCCCUCAGGAUCUCCUUCCAGCUCCAUAGAAACCUCCUCCUGUGUGUUCUCCGCACAAGAAGAGCGUGUUUGCACUGAGCUUCAGUUUUAUGGCAGACCCGGUUCAGGUCAGGUCCAGGAUUCUCCACAGCAAGAUCCCAGUGAGGGUGUUCCUGACUCCUCCCUGGAAGCCGACGUUACCAACCCUGAAGAGACCCCCACUUUGGAUAGCUUUUGCCCCCACCUUAACGCUGAGAAGCAGGAGCAGAACCGGUCUUCGGGCUGGUGUUCAGCUCUGGUUCUGACUCGCAGGUUUGGCCGUCAGCUCAGCGAGGGAGGGGUCUGCUCGCCCUCUCAGAACCCAUUCCCAUUUCCAAGCCGGAGGCCUCCGAGGCUCUCUGAGGCUGCGAGGAGGCUUGGCCUGUACUCCCCAUGAGAAACUCACACAAGCUCAUGGAACCUAUCAGGCCCAAAAGCUCCAGAACACCCAAAGUUUGAGCUCAAGUGAGCCAGAGGCCGUCCUUCGGCCUGAAUUAGCUCUUCUUAUAUUCUCUGUUUGCUAGUCUGUCAAGAGAAACCUGGAAAGGGGUUUUCUUAAAGAAAAUCGACAUAUCCACCAUGAAGUUCUCAUGAAGAUCCAUUCAGGGUCCACAUUGUAUGAAAGAGUGGCUAAAAAAAUCAAAAUGUGAGCAUGACUCUGGUUAAUCUUUACAUGAAUAAAGUUAACAAGACUA